AUGAUGACGGAUUACGAUAAAGCGAUGAAUUGCUACGAAUCGGCCUUGCGACAUAAUCCUUACUCGGUCGUGGCUCUAUCGCAAAUCGCGUCCUUGUGCAGAGGACGAGAACAAUUCGGCAGGGCUGUCGAGUAUUUCAAGCGAAUACUCGCAAUACAGGAAAAUAACGGUGAGACCUGGGCUGCGCUAGGUCAUUGUUAUUUGAUGAUGGACAACCUUCAGGAAGCGUACCAUGCGUAUCAACAAGCCCUGUACCAUUUAUCCAACCCCAAGGAUCCCAAGCUUUGGUACGGUAUUGGUAUACUUUACGAUCGAUACGGCUCGUUGGAGCAUGCGGAAGAAGCGUUUUCGGCCGUGAUGAAGAUGGAUCCGAAAUUCGAAAAGGCCAACGAAAUUUAUUUCCGCUUAGGUAUCAUUUACAAACAACAACAGAAAUUCGAUCUCUCUUUGCAGUGUUUCCGUUAUAUUCUGCACUCUCCUCCCCGGCCAUUGACCGAAUCCGAUAUUUGGUUCCAAACUGGUCAUGUGUAUGAACAACAAAAAGAGUAUGAACUUGCAAAGGAAGCGUACGAACGUGUGCUUGCUGAAAACCCCGAACAUGCCAAAGUCUUGCAGCAAUUGGGAUGGCUUUAUCAUCAGCAAAACACUUCGUUUUGUAAUCAGUCGUUGGCUAUCCAGUACUUGACACGCUCUUUGAAAUCCGACAGCAACGACGCUCAGUCUUGGUAUCUUCUCGGUCGUUGUUACAUGACGGAACAGAAUUAUAACAAAGCGUACGAAGCGUACCAGCAAGCCGUGUAUCGUGAUGCCCGUAAUCCCACUUUCUGGUGCUCCAUUGGUGUUUUGUACUACCAAAUCAAUCAGUAUCGCGAUGCGCUUGAUGCUUACAGUCGCGCGAUACGAUUGAAUCCUUAUAUCAGUGAAGUGUGGUAUGACCUCGGAACAUUGUAUGAAUCAUGCAACAACCAAGUACAGGAUGCUUUGGAUGCUUAUCAACGCGCGGCCGAGCUGGAUCCUUCCAAUCCACACAUCAAACAACGAUUGGAAUUACUGCGUAAAUCGCAAGCCCAUUCUUCACAAGGUGCACCAGUUCCUCAAGAUGUGAGUAAUCCUAGUCAAUAUCAGAAUGCACCCAGUGCGCAGCCGCUCAACGGCGCACCUUAUGGUCAGGUAACCUGGAAUAAUAAUAGAAAAGGGUGUUUGCUCUGUAUGUCUGUCUAA